UUCAGAGCAUAAAAAGCCCUCAACAUGAUCCGACCGGGGAAGAAACCCAAGAGACCCAAAAGCCAAGGGAAACCGACAGCACCGAAGGAAGCUGCUGAAGGUGCAGAGGCCGCAUCGUCCAAGAAGCGAAAGCUGGAUGAAGCAGAGCUGAAGGAGAGAGAGAAGCGCACGGUCUUCAUUGGCAACGUGCCGCUGACAUGGACGGAGAAGCAGCUGCGAAGUGCCAUGAGGAAAGCCCUGGGCACCACUUAUGAUGGUAUCUUAAAGCCCAUAUGGUUUCGAUCCAUUCCAGUGGAAACCAAAUGGAGCAGCUCCAACAAGAUGCGGAAGGCGGGGUUGAUUUUGAAAGCCUUCGCUGAUGGCGCGGACAGCAAAAACGCCUAUGUCGUGGUGAAUUCGCCGGAGGAUGUCCCUGUGAUAGUCAAGGCAAUCACCAACUUGGAGGUUGAUGCUGAGCACAUCCUGCGAGCCGAUGGGGUGGGUGAAUCUGCUGUCCUGAAAAAGUUCGACAGGAAAAGAAGCGUGUUCCUUGGGUCUUUGCCCCGGCGUGUAACCGAGUCAGACAUCCGUUGGGUCCUGUGGGACGCAGGUGAAGUAGAUGCAGUGCGCAUCGUGCGGGACAAAAAAACACAGGACUGCAAAGGGUUUGCCUUCGCACGCUUCAAAGAACGCAAAAGCGUCAAGGCAGCAUUGAAUCUGUGGGAUCUAAGAAUCCAUGGGAAGUACAUUCGGGUCACCAAGGUGGAAGAUGAGGAAGGUGGCAAUGAUGCUGGAAGGCCAAAGAAAUUGAAACCUGAAGUUGAGAAGCGAAUCAUGCUGAAGCAACAGCAGCGGCAACGCGCCAAGGCGAAGAAGCAGCGUGAGUUUGUGGAGCAAGCGAAAGCUGCUGGUUUGAGGACCAGCAAGAAAAAAGCACCAAAGGUCAAGCGAAAGGUGUUGGCCACAGCAGGGCGUUGCUCUCCGUCGCUCCUAAGUGCUGAAGGGUGCAAAGUUUGAUUGCUCAUGAUGACGAUGAGAAUGACAAUGAGGAUGAUCAUUAUUGCCAUGAGGAUGAAGAUGAAAGGAGAACAUGACUGCAGUUUUGAUCACCUUCUUACUUGAAUUUGAUUGACCCUCUUCCAUGCUGGUAGGAGAAGAAGAAAGGAAAGCGCUGAUCAAUGAUCGCCACAAAAAAA